AUGAUGGAGCGCGACUUGUGGGGAUUCUUCGAUGGGUCGGCAUCGAAGCCCACGACGGACGCUUCAACCGCGGAGAAGGAAGCGUGGGUGCGCAAGGACAAAAAGGCGUUUGCCUUUCUUGUCUCCAAGCUAAGCCUCCAACUCGUCCCGAUCGUGAGCCCUUGCAUCGACCGUGACGGCGCGACUCGUGAAGCGUGGAAGCGACUCGAAGGAGAGCACGUCUCCAAGUCACUUCAUAGCAAGCUUCAAGCGCGCCUCGACUUCUUCACGGUGCGGAUGAAGGACGGCGAGUCAAUACGCGCGUACGUUAACCGCGUGGAGGAGCUUGGCGAGCGUUUGGUGGAACUCGACGCGAGCGUGGAGGACAACGAUUGGAUCAUGACGCUCCUCGCGGGCCUCGGUGAAGCAUGGUCAACGGUGAUCACGAUGUUGGAUGGGACGCAAGAUACAUGGAAGAAGGAGCAAGUGGUGGCACGCCUCAUCAACGAAGAGGCGAGGCGCGCGAAGUUGCAUGGCGAUGCAAUCGGCGCGGCACACUUCUCCCGCGAUGCGAAGGCGAAAGGGUCGGGUCACUUCAAGCGGCGCAACGACGGCAACAACCGCGGGAGUUCGAACGGGAGCGCGGCGACCUCAAGCUCAUCACGAGGAGGAUCGGCCAACGCCAAUCGAGCUCGGGCGCGAGAUGGAGCUUGUCGGUUUUGCAAGAAGACGGGACAUUGGUGGCGCGAUUGUCCCGUUAAACCGGCAAAUUGGAGGCCGUCUUCAAGUGACGACAACCGGCGCGCGCAUGUGGCGACAUGCGACAACAACGACCGGGAGUUCGUCUUCGUCGAAAGUGGAACGACCGUCGGUGGUGUUGACGCGUGGGUACUCGAUACGGGUGCUACUCAACACAUGACGGCGAGCGCGACGCUUCUCCACAACGUGACAACGGUGGCUCCCGUUAGGUGCGUGAUGUUCGGCAACCGUGACACCUUGGAUGUCACGGGACAAGGCGACUUGCGGCUCAUGGUGGACGGCGGUCCACUCACCAUCAAGAACGUCUUGGUGGUUCCCGGGCUCGGCGCCAACCUCCUAUCCGUUUCCCAAUUUACACGCAAGGGGAUGCGUGUGAAUAUUGAAGGGACCACGAUGGCGUUGAGCACGGCGGACGGCGUACACAUCGGCACGGCACGCCAAGCGGGAGGACUCUUCAUGCUCGACGCUCUUCCGAGCGUGGCGAGGGCUCAAGCGGCUACCUCGACAACAACUCUCUCGACGUGGCAUAAUCGUCUCCUCUCCCAUGCUCACGCGGAGAAGCAUUGGUGGGGUGAGGCGGUUACGUUGGCAACAUGGAUUCGCAACCGGUGCGUGACCAAGGCGUUGCCGAACACGACGCCUCUUGAGGCUUGGAGCGGUACGAAGCCGGACGUCACCGACCUUCGCACGUUUGGGUGUACGUGCUACUACCAUGUCCCGGAUGCCACACGGACCAAGCUUGAGGCGAAGGCGCGGGUGGCGAUGUACUUGGGUCCAAGCGCGGAUCACAAGGCGUGGCGUGUGUGGGACUUGGAGCACGGGAAGCUCGUGGUGUCGCGCGACGUGGUGUUCUACGAAGACACCUUCCCGUCCAAGUUGAUGCACGUGCCCUCGGUCAUCAUUGUCCCUCCCCCCUUGGAUGCCGCGGAUGAGGCGGAUGUUGCUCCUACGGCUUCUCCUCCUCGUACGAGUGAGGGGGAGAAUGGAUCGGGUGCGGUUGGAGUGAGUGCGGAUGAAGAACAUGCCAAGGAAAGUGACCCUUCAUCUCCUCCUCCUAAAAUCACUCCCACCCUCGCAUCCACUCGCACUCGGAGGACUCCUCGUCCCAACUCCAAGUUGGAUGACUACUCUCUUGUGGCGGGGGAUGAUAAGGGAGGGGGAGAUGCUAUGUGUCUUGAGGCAUACACCGACACACCGUCCACCUACCAAGGCGCCAUGAGCUCGGCGGAAGCGGCGGAAUGGGAACGUGCGCUUCAAGCGGAGUACGAUUCGCUCAUGGCGAACGACGUCUACGAGCUCGUCCCCAUGCCCCCCGGCGCCUACCUCGUUGGCUCUCGUUGGACCCUUGUAGCGGACGUGAAGACGAAGCUUGCCGCCGAAUUCUCCAUGCGUGACCUCGGCGCCGUCUUCCACUACCUAGGGAUGCACAUUGAUCGCGAUCGAGGGAACAAGACCCUCGCUCUCCACCAACAUAAGUACUUGGAGAGUGUGGUGGAUCGCUUCGGCAUGAUCGAGAGCAAGCCUACACCGACACCUAUGGAAGCGGCGAUCAAAAGGCCGCGCGAGCAGCAGGCGCUGAUGGACGUGCACCUGGGCGCGCAGGCCGUGGACUCUCUCACCGCUCUCUACCGCUCCCUCGCUCUCACCUCCCAGGAUCUGAAGAGGGCGUGGGAUGCCACAUGGAGGGCCAGAGACGCACAAGUGGCAACCCUCCUUCCUGUCAUUGGUUGUUUCCUGGCGUGCAGCACAGCUCGCCACAUGCUGCGGUUCCCUUACCUCUGCACCCUCGGCUGCCGUCUCCCACACAGCAUUCGUCUCUGCCCCCUCCACCUGCCGUCAUGCCACCACGUGGCAGCGGCCAGCACAUUGUGCUGCCUCCACAUCACGUCUCCCUUUCCCCGCUCCACAACCACACCUGCAUUCUCAGUUCCCCCCCUCUCCGUGUGCAGUCCACCACAUGGCAGCGUGCAGCACUGUCACCGCAUGGCGGCGUGCAGCACAGCUCGCCACAGACUGCUGGCGCAGCUGGACACGCAGCUGCAGCACUGCACGGCUUCAUGUGGUCAGGGGUUUAUGGCUCUUGGGGGGUUGCACUCUUCCUUACACGCCCCAACUUCCCUCCGCCCACCCUCUUCCCUCCACACACACAGGUUCUUCCCUCCAUCUACCCUCAACCCUUACCUGAGCUCGUGGCUGAAGCUGACGGCGUGGCUGCCACACACGGGGUGGACUCGCUGCUUGCCCACAGAGCAGGCGCCGCCGCAGCAGCAGCAGCAGCAGCAGCAGCAGCAGCAGCAGCAGGAGGAGGAGGAGGAGGAGGAGGAGGAGGAGGAGGAGGAGGAGGAGGAGGAGGAGGAGGAGGAGGAGGAGGAGGAGGAGGAGGAGGAGGAGGAGGAGGAGGAAGAGGAGGAGGAGGAGGAGGAGGAGGAGGAGGAGGAAGAGGAGGAGGAGGAGGAGGAGGAGGGGAUCCGGUG